AUGAAUAAAGGGGUCUCUCGGUCGACCACAUCGAUUCCACCGGAGCCGGUGGAAAUCAUCCGUAGCAAGUCGCACUCCCGUCGGGUGACACUCAAUGUUGGUGGUCUUCUCCACGAAGUUCUAUGGAGAACACUGGACAGGUUGCCCCGAACAAGGCUGGGCAAACUACGAGACUGUAACACCCACGAGUCUCUCAUGGAGAUAUGCGAUGACUACAGUUUGGAUGAUAAUGAGUAUUUUUUCGACAGACACCCUGGGGCUUUCACGUCCAUUCUGAAUUUCUCCCGCACGGGAAAGUUGCACAUGAUGGAGGAGAUGUGUGCUCUGUCGUUCAGUCAGGAGCUGGACUACUGGGGUAUAGAUGAGAUCUACCUGGAGUCCUGCUGCCAGGCCAGGUACCACCAGAAGAAGGAACAGAUGAAUGAGGAGCUCAAACGAGAGGCUGAGUCUAUGAAGACCAGGGAAGGCGAGGAUUUUGAUACCACAUGUUGUUCUGAGAAGCAAAAGAAACUUUGGGAUCUCAUGGAGAAGCCUAGUUCAUCGUUAGCUGCUAAGGUAAGCACUAAGACAGUUUCAGACUCCAACGGUCUCUUUGAUUUCAAACUCAGUGUGAUUCUUAUAAAGGUCUCUUGA